UUGAGUCACGGUUGCCGUUGCGAUCACGAUAAGCCAUCACGCUACAAGGACAGGCGCUUCGUCAGUGUUGCUGCACAGAGCUGGUAGUAGCAAUGGCAGACACAAAGCUUUGGCUUACUUGUAUUCUGCGUCUCUUCCGUCAGCCACAUUACUAAAGGCCGUUUGGACUACAAUUAGGGACGAAAAGCAAGCUAAUCGAGGCUAAGCGCUCAGAGGGCUCGCUCGUCUCGAGUGGACUGUCUGCGGUGUUUCAACUUGAUAACUACCUGCCUGCCUGGUAAAGCCAUGGUGUUUGUGCAGAGCUACUGUGAAGCAGACUCCUCCAUCUCCCAAACCUGGGUGGACUACGGCAUCUCCCCAUGCUUCUACUUCACACUGGUCCCCACCAUCCUGCUCUCCCUCUCCUUCUUCCUCGGCACCAUCCACUGCCUAUGCUACCAAAAGUAUGGAAUGCAAAUGGAGCCCAAGUUCAUUCCACGCUCCCGCCUCUAUGGUCUGCAGCAGAUCAUCCACGUCCUCCUGCUGAUCCAGUUUCUGGGUGGAAUGAUUUGGCAAGUCGUGAGUGCAAAAGAGCUCCCAGGGUAUGUGAUGUUGUAUGGCUGCUUUUCCAUCCUGGGUUGGGCCUUGGCUAUGGCCCUGCUCAGGGUGGAGAGAAGAAGGGUCCUGGUGUCAGAUCGGACAAGAGGGCACAGCGCCGUCCUGCUGCUGUUCUGGGCCGUGGCUUUCUCAGCUGAGAACCUGGCUUUUAUCUCCUGGUUCAGUCCUCACUGGUGGUGGGGCCUGGAGAACAAUAAGCAACAGGUGCAGCUGUUCCUGUGGCUGAUGCGCUACUUUGGCACCGGGCUGCUCUUCUUCAUUGGUCUCAAAGCUCCAGGCUUGCCAAGGAGACCUUACAUGCUACUGGUAAACGAAGACGAGCGGGACGUAGAAAAUGGUGGACAGAGCCUGUUGGGAAGAUCAGAAGAGAACCGGUCCACCUGGCAGGGUUUUUGGAAAAAGGUCCGUCUGCUUGUCCCCUACAUGUGGCCUCAUGGCAGCAAGCUUCUCCAGCUACUGGUCCUCUUCUGUUUGGGGAUGCUGGGAGUGGAGAGGGUUGUUAAUGUCUUUGUACCAAUUUACUCCAAGAAAAUUGUGGAUAAACUGACUGAUGGCAGCAGCUGGCACACUUUAGCCCUUAUAGUGUGUAUUUAUGUCCUGCUUAAGCUCAUGCAGGGCGGAGGAGCAGGUUCCUCUGGAUUUAUCAGCAACAUGCGUUCUUUCUUCUGGAUUCGAGUGCAGCAGUACACCAAUCGGCUGGUUCAAGUGAAUCUGUUUGCCCACCUGCACUCCCUCUCUUUGCGUUGGCAUCUGGGCCGCAAAACCGGUGAAGUACUAAGAAGUAUCGACCGUGGCACCAGUUCCAUUAACAGCUUGCUCAGCUACAUAGUGUUCAGCAUCUUUCCGACCAUUAUUGAUAUUGUCAUCGCCAUCAUCUACUUCAUCACUUAUUUCAAUGCCUGGUUUGGACUUAUAAUCUUCAUCUGCAUGACCGUCUACCUCACGUUUACGAUCAUCAUCACCGAAUGGAGAACCAAGUACAGAAGACAAAUGAAUCAGAUGGACAACGCUGCCAAGUCCAAGGCUGUGGACUCCUUGUUAAACUUUGAGACGGUAAAAUACUACAAUGCAGAGAGCUAUGAGAUCAGCCGGUUUGAGGGUGCAAUCUUAAAAUAUCAGGCUUCAGAGUGGAAGACUCAGGCAUCUCUGGCCUUACUCAAUCAAACGCAGAACUUCAUCAUUGGAUCAGGACUGCUGGCCGGCUCCUUGCUCUGUGCAUACUUUGUCACAGAGGGAAAGUUUCAGGUUGGAGAUUAUGUUCUCUUCGGCACCUACAUCAUCCAACUGUACAUCCCACUCAACUGGUUUGGAACAUACUACAGAGCGAUCCAGACUUCCUUUAUUGACAUGGAAAACAUGUUUCAACUUUUUGAAGAAGGUCAAGAGGUGAAAGAUGAAGUAAAUGCAGGAAGUCUUCUCUUUAACAUGGGGAAAGUGGAGUUUGAAAAUGUUUACUUCAGCUACAGAAAUGGCAACGAGAUUCUGAAGGACGUGUCCUUCACCGUUCUUCCAGGACAAACAGUUGCACUUGUCGGGCCAUCAGGAUCUGGGAAAAGCACCAUCAUUCGACUGCUUUUCCGUUUCUAUGAUGUUCAGGGAGGCUGCAUUCGCAUUGACGGCCAGGACAUAUCAAAGGUGAAACAGACAUCUCUGCGAUCUCAUAUCGGCGUGGUUCCCCAGGAUACCGUGCUGUUCAACGACACCAUCCGCGAUAACAUUCGCUACGGCCGCGUCUCUGCUAGUGACCAGGAGGUGGAGGAGGCUGCUAUAGCUGCCGAUAUCCACAGUAAAAUCUUGAACUUCGCUGAUGGUUAUGAUACCCAGGUGGGGGAAAGGGGUCUGAAGUUGAGUGGAGGAGAGAAGCAGAGGGUGGCUAUCGCCAGAACUAUCCUCAAAGCACCACAAAUCAUCCUGCUGGAUGAGGCCACAUCUGCACUGGACACACAGACAGAACGCAACAUCCAGGCCUCUCUAGCCAGAAUCUGUGCCAAUCGUACUACAGUGGUUGUAGCUCACAGGUUGUCCACCAUCAUCGGGGCAGACCAGAUUCUGGUUAUCCGUGAAGGCCGGAUUGCUGAGCGAGGACGACAUGAGGAAUUGCUGGAUAAAGGAGGCUUGUAUGCGGACAUGUGGCUGAAGCAACAACAGGCUCAUGACUCAGAUUCGUCAUCGGACACAGAAGCCAAAGAUCGCGAGUCUGAGAAACUGCAACCACCAUCGACCUCCUCGGGGCACCACGGGCAUUAAAAGAAAUCUUUUUUUUUUUAUUAUUCUUUGUUAUGAUUGUAAAAAGGUAAUUUGUGCGUUAUAACAAUGAUAUGAUAUUGGGUUGUGUUAGAACAUUCAGCAGGGUGGAAGUGCUUUUUAUUGUUAGAUUUUCCAAAGAGAAUGUGCAAUGGCAGGUUAUGGGAAAAGUAAAGGUGCCUAAGGAAAAUGAGGUGGUAUUAACACUAUUUUUUUUUUUUACUCCAUCUUUAUGAUUAUACCCGAGGUUUUGAUGCCAGGAGUGAGCAAAAAACUAAAAAUUAUUAUCACAAGAGAUGAAACGAUUUACUUAGUACAUGGCAUCUGAAGUUGUCUCAUGCCUUGUUCUUUUUUUUUUCCACCUGAGCAUAACAAUGAUAUGAUAUUGGGUUGAUAUUGCUCAUAUUUAUAUUUUUAUAUUUACCUUCAUCUUUUUUCCUUUAUAUUGCCUAUUUUAUGUCACAGUUUUAAAGGGGACUUAUGAUGCUUUUUCUCUCAUAGAUAUACUGUCAUAUUUGUGGACGCAUAUUUAAACACAGCCAAAGUUUAAACUAAAGAGAUCCGCAUGUGUCUAAUUAUUCGUGUGAAGGAAAAGCUCAGGUUUCAGACUGCUCCAUUUGAGAUGGGUUUUUUCUACUAUUGGCUCUGUAUGAUGUCAAAGAGGGGAUAUUCCUAAUAUGGUCAUCUCAGUCAAGCAGCUCUUACUGUGUGACUGAGACCUGCUGUUCAAACCUGUUUUCUGAUGAACAGCCAGUCAGAAGAAAGGUGGAUUCGACUGAGAUGAAGGCAUGGGCUGAGGGGAGGUGUGGUAUAAAAUGAAUGGGGGGAUACUUUUAGCUGGGAAUCUUACAAAAAUACUCUAGUAGAGUCCCAAAAAUAUAAAUAUGGAGCUGGAAGAAAAGCAUAAUUGGUCUCCCUUCAGGGAAACUAUAUGGAUACACAUGAAAAUGUGUUUUUUGUUUUGUUUUUUCUCUCCUUCCUCCACCUCUCUGCCAGGUUUUAUGAAAUUUAGCUUGCUAAGUUUCAUUUAAUGUCUACCACAGACUACAGUGAUUGUAUAUUUCUGCCUCGGCUCUGGAGCAAUAAUAUGACCUGAGAUAUAAGGAAGGGAAAGCACCCUUAAAGCUGCAUCUUUGUGCACUGACUAAUGAUUCUGCAUCCUACUGAAUAAUAUAUGGAUAAGAAUAGAUUGGUAUAUAUGUAUGUCAGGGAUUUUGUUUCAUUGUUUAAGCUUUGUUAGCUGAAUUUUGAUGUGUGUUUGUUUUUUAAAAUGACACCAGUUUUUAAGAAAAGCACAUGUAUCUGUACACCCUGAAAGAAGGGUGCACAGGCUGCUGUUGGUCAUCGGUUAUGGGGAAACUAAAGCAGGAGAGGCACUACUGUUUCAUUGAUGUACAUCUCCAUGUAUUAUGGAAGUAAAGCAAUGAGCAUUCAUCAUCAAUGUUUGCUGUGACAAAAAACUUUUUUUUUUUACUUUUUCUUUGAUAAAAGCAUCCUUUCUGUCAGGGUUUGUUGAUGGCUUUUGAUCACUGUGUCUUGUAAAUUGCAAAGUAUACAUACGAUUUAGACAUAUUGACUUAUGUUUGAAGUUGUAAAGUCCAACCUUUAAUUGGCAGAAAGACUACAGACAUUUCUCAUGGCAGAUGUUUUCACAAGUCAAAAUGUCUGUAUGAAAAAGAUGUCUUGAAAUCAAAUGUGUUAUCAUUAAGUACGUACAGCCAUAAAAGGCUAAAUAAGUUAUUUUCCAUCUUCUACCUCACAAAAGGUCAUAGUUAGAAUAUUGUGGAAAUAUUCAGUUUUAUCAUGUAGU